CUUCGCCGCUCCAGCCACCCAAGACCCAUGUCCAUGACCAGCUUCCUCGUGCGCCGGCUCUCGCGCCAGGGCGACGACCACCUCGCCGCCGUGUCCAUCACCGAGGCCGAGUGCAACACGCUCAUGAAGCACCUCGUGGAGCGCGACCUGCUCCCGACCGCGUGCCGGCAGCUGCUCGUGCGGCACAACACGGCGCCGGCGGCGCGCAAGGAGCCGACACGCAUGGCCGCGCAGCAACAGGUCGUCGACAAGGACGCCAACCACCAAUACGGCAUGAUCUACUUGUGAGGCCAACCCACCGCGUUUGCUUUUGUACCAGUAGUCGUCUCUUGUCGUAACCACGUAUAUAUAAUCUUUAUCCCACGCC